AUGACUAUCGAUUGGCCUAUGUCAAAAGACGAAAUCUAUGGGCCACCGCCGGCCUACUCAUUAUAUCCGCCACCGUCAAUCUACACUAUUCCUGAAACUCAAAUUGAACAUCAAGAACGUUCAUCGUUCUCCUCUUCGCCUCCGAUAGUUCUCACUCUAAAUUUCACUCGUUAUUUAUUAGCAACUGCUUUACUACAUUUUCUUAUUGGUCUGGCAACUAUCAUUUGUGAUAUUCAGCUGAUAAGUAUGAACGAAUCUCUUCCAUUUGUGGGUAUAUGUACAGGUUCCAUAUGUAUUAUUUUUGGAAUUUAUUUAAUCAUAUUCAUGAGUCAUACAAAGAAAUCUAAAUGGUCUUUACAACGAUUUAAAUUGUUUCAUAUCAUCAUAUGUUUGCUGGUCAUCAUUGCAUUGAUUCUGUCGUCAAUCAAUCUAGGAGCGAAUGCUUGCUACGAAAAUUACUUCCAAUUCGAUCAAUGUCAACCGACUGCGAAAAAAUUAAAAAUCGUUCUGAUUACUUUUUAUGCUGUAACAUUUGCACAGAUUUGUUUUACUUCAAUUUUGACAUUUGUUCAUAUAAGAUGA